AUGCGUCUACAACGAAGAAAAAACCUAUGUUAUACUCCUCGUCCUCAAAAUCCAUUUAUGUUAUAUCGUAGAGACAUGGCUGCGAAAUCAGAAUUUGUUGGAUUAAAAUCAUCAGAAGUUUCAAAAAAAAUUGGGAUGAUGUGGAAAAAUGAAACCACUGAAGUUAAAGAUUUAUUUAAUGCCAUGGCAAGAUUAGCAGAAAAACGUCACUCCGAAAAAUAUUCCGACUAUUCUUAUACUCCUAAAAGAAAAAAAAAAGAAUCUCAAUAA